AUGACUUCAUCUCCGGAAGUUCUCUGCCAAUUCGUCUCGGCCUGGCUAUCUUCCAUCCCGCCUCCCGACGCCAACAACGAGGAAACCGAAACCAAUCCCACCACCGCAUUAUCCCCUUUGCCCUGCCGCAAGGGCGAGCCGCGCUCCAAAAAACAGCGACUCUCAAGCCCACGAAAAGACGACAACCCCAACGCUUCAUGGGCCUCGAAACCGUUUCCAUCGCCCCCUGCCACCGCGAUAGCUGCCAUGGACCCUACCCUGCAGUCCCAACGACAGAAGCGCAGCCGAGAUGAGUGCGAUGAUGACGACGACGACAACGACGACGACGACGACGAGAACGGCAUUGCCAGCGCCAGUGCCAGCGGCAGCGACGAAAAUGGCAACGGCAAUGUUAUUCUUGGGCUGCAACACUCGAAACUGGACGAGUCCACACCUCGGGCCGAAAGAGCUGGUCAUGCCCAGCUUCCCACCCCUGUACCUAUUCAUCUGGCUCAGAAUACGUCGAUAGCAGGCACACCCACGCCUUCCAUUUCCUCUCAUGCGCCGUCCCUGGCAUCCCGAACGUCCUCUCCGACCAAGCAAAUGCGUUUUGCCUCACUAGAUGUGACGGGGUACUUGAUCAAGAGCUUCUCUACUGAUGGGGAUACUAUGCCCUCGUCUCUGGCCCAGGUGCAUCUCCAACUCACCGAUAUCCAGGAGAAGGUGGCUAUCAUUCCCAACUACCUGAAAGACGAAAGUGUGCUGUUGCUAGAGAACUGGAGAGCUCCUGGAAUCAAGACGUACACCGACCCCUCCUGGACUACGUCUUCCGCCCAGAUAGGCCUUGUCCCCUUGACUUCCGCUACUGCCUCCAUAAUCCCCCAGUUCCGACCCAAGACUGUUCCGUCCAAGAUGGUGGACUACUGCGUGCACGUCGUUCCGACCUGUGAAGAGAAGGCUCGAAUCGACCAACUGUGCAUGUCUCGGCCCGCGGCCUCCAUCAAUCACACGGACUGGGGUAACCUCAGCGGCGAUCCAAUUGCCUUGUCCAUUGAAACUAAGCGCGAUGGUGAGGGAUUAGAACAGGCCCUUUCCCAGAUUGGGACCUGGCACGCCUGCCAGUGGCGCAGCCUUUUGCACGAGAAACAGUACGCCCCUUCCGGCAUCGAAUUCUUGCCAGCCCUCAUCGCACAGGGCCACACGUGGUACUUUGUUGCCACGACACGUCAGGAUUCCGGUCAGGCAUGGCUUUACACCAAGAUGGAAGUGGGGACCACCGAGACUCUCGUUGGGACGUACCAGAUCCUCGUGGCGUUGCAGUAUUUGAAAUGCUGGAUCGAGGAUGUUUAUUGGCCCGCAUUUCGAGCAUACAUGCUGGCCCUACUAUGA